GCAUUCUUUUUGAAUAAGUGUAAGUUACUGAUUUAGUUUAGUUUAGUAAACAAAUAACCUUAAGAAAUGUCAUAUGGUUACCCUCCUGCUGGGCAAGGCCAAGGCUACCCACCACAGCAAGGUGGAUACCCAGGAGGACAGGGUGGAUAUCCUGGACAAGCCCCAGGAGCUUACCCACCGACUGGGGCACCAGGUGGCUACCCACCUUCUACAGGAGCACCUGGAGGUUACCCACCAGCUUCAGGGGCCCCAGGAGGUUACCCCCCAGCUGCUGGAGCUCCAGGUUACCCACCACAACAAGGAGGGUACCCACCUCAAGGAGGUUACCCAGGAGGUCCCCCAGCGGCCGGAGGAAUUGGUUUUGAAGGUCUUGCAGCACAAGCUGGUGGACCACCACAGCAUCCAGCUCAGAACUAUGGGCAGCCAGGAGCAAUGCCUUAUGGUGGUGGUGCUCCUCCACAGGCCCCAUACGGUGGAGGUUACCCUCAAACUUCCGCUCCAGCCCCUGGCUAUCAAACGCAGCCCAACUAUGGUGCUCCACCUGCACAGCAACCAUAUGGUGCCCCUCCACAGCAAGGAUAUGGUGCACCGCCCGCGAGUAGUUACCCAUCAGCUCCGAUGCCUGGUUCAAACCAACUGUACGGACAACCCCCUGCCCAACAGGCAUACGGACAACCCCCACAUACACAAGCCGCUUACUCUGGAUCUCAAUACGGUAAACCUGACAAGAUGGCUCAACAAUUAAGCAGUGGUAUGGCAGCAAUGACAAUCAAAACCCAUGGAACUGUCACUCCAUAUCCCAACUUUAAUCCAGAACAUGACGCUCAAGUUCUUAGAAAAGCAAUGAAAGGACUAGGAACUGAUGAGAAAGCAAUUAUUGAAGUGAUUGGGAAACGAACAAACAAGCAAAGACAGGAAAUCAAGAUAAAGUACAAGCAAUCAUAUGGCAGGGAUCUCGUCAAAGAUUUCAAGUCUGAAGUGAGCGGCAACUUUGAAGAUGUUCUCUGUGGGUUGAUGAUGACACCGCGAGAAUACGACGCAUAUUGUUUGCGCAAAGCAGUAUCUGGUGUUGGAACAACUGAAUCGACCUUGGUUGAAAUCCUGGUGUCUCGUACCAACCAAGAGAUCAAGGAGAUUCAGGCAAAAUACAAAGAACUUUACAAGGAGAACCUCGAGAAGAGGUUGGUUAGCGAAACAAGCGGUCACUUCAAGAAACUGUUGGUGUCUCUUAACAACGCAUGCAGAGAUGAAACUUCACAUGUGGAUCACAACAAAGCUAGGGAAGAUGCAAACAAACUCUACCAGGCUGGUGAGAAGAAGUGGGGAACAGAUGAAAGCACGUUUAACAUGAUCAUGGCAUCUAGGAGCAUGGCACAACUUCGUGCAACAUUCGAGGAGUAUUAUAAGAUUGCCAACCGAGACAUCAUUAAGUCGGUGAAAGGUGAAUUCUCAGGUGACGUUGAAGAUGGGAUGGUAGCUGUGAUAGAAGUAGCGAGGAAUCCUGCUGCUUAUUUUGCAAGGAGACUCCAUGAGUCUAUGAAGGGAGCUGGUACCAAGGAUCAUAUACUUAUCCGUGUGGUGGUGUCUAGAUCAGAGGUGGAUAUGGUUGAAAUUAAACGUGAUUUCCAAGCCAUGUACAAGAUACCUCUUGCCAAGUACAUAGGUGAUGAUACUGGUGGAGACUAUAAGAAGAUAUUACUUACCAUUGUCGGACAUUAGUUGUUUGAUGUAUCAUGUUUGCUGUUAUGUAGAUUUAUAAUUUACAAAAUUUUACCAAAAAUGACUGGUUUUAGCACUCAUAAUUUUAGCGUAUAUUCUUUGAGUCAUUUCAUUCUGAUACGUGCACUUUUUCAUAAAAAUUCUGAUUUUAUGUUAGUGUAGGUGUCAAUAAUUAUGUAUCUGUAAUCUGGUAUCUAUAUUGCAACACUUAGUGUCUUUAACCCAAGAAAUAAUAGAAUUGUCUCUGUUUAGCAUAUAUGUACUAAAUGGUAAUGCAAUUAGUAAUUUCUCAACAGUGCAUGGGGUCUUUAAUGCUUAGAAUGUAAAUACAUGCAAUUAUAUGUACUCUACAAAAAA